AUGUUCUUUAAUAUGAAAGGUAAAUAAAUUAGCUUACAAAUUUUUAUUUUAACAAGUUGAAAUUUAAAUCUUAAUUAAUUAUAUUAUUGUCAACAUAUGUACAGGAUUUUCAUGGCAGAAAAGCGGUUCGAAUAUAGAUACACCACAGAGGAGGAACUUGAAGAACUGAAGCAUAGAGAAUUUUCUGGAUGGAUGCUUACUUAUGUGAGUGCUUUAAACAAAUUAAAAUAUUAUCUAUCACAUAUUUAUAUUAAUUCACAUAUAUUGAUAUAACAUAUAUAUGUGCUAUUAAUAGGUGUCUGCUGGUAUGACCAGAGGUGAAACAUUUGACGAUUGGAUACGCGAGAUGGUGCGUGGACCAGAGUAUGUUGUGAAGUCAUAUCCGAGAUUUUGUACUCGAGGAUAUGCAUUCACAACUCAAAAGAGGAGACGUUCGAGUACGACUUAUGAUGCUGGCGUUUGUUCUGCAUCUGGAGAUGAUGUAUACUACGGAAACAUACGGGAGAUUAUGGAAAUCAAGUAUCCGGGCAUGGUUGGAUUGCGUUGUACUGUUUUUUAUUGUGAUUGGUACGACAAAACUCCAGAUCGAGGUGUGAGAACAGAUGCAUUUGGUGUUACAUCAGUACAUUCGAGGCGAAAGUUGCAAUAUUAUGAUCCUUUCAUUCUUGCUUCUCAGGCCGAUCAGGUAAUUAAAUAUAAAUAUAUCAAUUAUUCAUAAUGAUUCAUCAUCAUGUGUAUUAAUAACACUUAUUUACAAAUUAAAUAAUUUUUUAAAUGUUACAGGUCUGUUAUAUCAAGUACCCCCGGGUUAGGAACAGAGAUGAUCCAUGGGUCACUGUUACUUCACUCAACCUGAGAGGCCGAGUUCAGGGAAGUUCUGAGCUGGAAGACCCACUACAACCAAGCACAUCCGGUAACUUAAAUGCAGCAGAAGAUUUAGUUGCAGUUGGCCUUGUAGUCGAUUUAACCGACUUUAGAGAUGAAGCCGUCGUUCAGCCACUGUCGGGAUUCUUCAUUUCCCGCUCCGGUUUUUGCUCCCGCUGCUGCACCCUCUCCCGUUGCUGCACCCCCUCCCACUGCUGCACCCCCUCCCGCUCCUCCAGUCGUUCCGGGAGUGAUGACUGUUGCCCAGUUGGUUCAACAGCCCGGUCGUGAGCAUCUUCCCUAUCUCACUCCGUGUCCAAAGGGACGACUUCAAACAUGGUAAUUUAAAGUCUUUUUUUUUCCUUUCAUUAAAAUUUGAUUCAUUAUUAAUAAUUUGUUUCUUAUAUUAGGUUCAACCGAUCCGGGAACGGGAUCAGCGCAUGGAUCAACAAUAUGAUGUACUCGAACCUCAGCAAGGAUAUCCGACUUUCACUCACUUCCCUGCCGAGGACCAGGAGAUGUGGUUUCGUCAGUUUGCGGUAAGUAUUCUAAUUUUUUUACUUAUAUUUUUUAUCUUUAAUAUAAAAUUUCUACAAAUUAUGUUUUUUUUUCAGCAAGAGUUCACCUGGAAUCCCGAUCACACGAACUUUAUCCGUGACGCCUUCGUCCAUAAAGUUAUGGACAACUAUGGGAAGCAGAUCUACGAGUGGAAGCAGAAGUGGCUCAUCAACCAGGUUUUUUUUAAUUUAUUAAACAAUUUUUUGAAUUUAUUAAACUAGUUUUGGAUUUAUUAAACUAUUUUAUAUUUUUUUAUUAAAAGGUCCCGAAGUCGAUUAACAGCACGGUCUGGGAGGAGUUGUGUGUGCAUUGGGAUAGGACGAGACGAAAGCUACCUCUGUGACCAACUCCGCCAACCGAAAGAGCGAUCGUGGCGGGAAGGGCAUGUACAAGCACAAUUUGGGUGCCCAGAUUAUUGCCACUCUGGGGAUCGCUUGGUAAGUUCAAUCUCUCUUUUUUUUUAAUUAUUUAAGUAUUUUAUUUUAAUUUUUAUGCAUUUCUUCUAAUUUCUAAUGUUUGUUUAACUUUUGUUUUUUUCAAGGCGGAUGAAAAUGAUGGCGAGCCGGUUGAUGAUUUCGUCCUAAUGAAGACGGCGCAUACCAACAAGCACACCGGGGAGAUUGAUGAUGGUGUUGUGAGGGAUGUGCUCAGCCUGAUCGAAACUCAGAAGGAAGACGAAGAGACCCGUCUAUCUCAGCUUCAAACCGACCUGGACGCCACUUCGACGGCUUCGACCAACUUGUCCCGGAUUCGAAUCAACGAAAUCGUUGAAUCGUCGGUUCCAAAGAAGAAGGGACGUUUGGUCGGUUUGGGUCGUCGAGCCCGGUCAGUUCCUCCUUCUGCACCACAGCCCUAUGUUGAUCCAGAAGUGCUUAUGGACCCGUUGAAGGACAAAGAUGACCGCAUAGCUGCGUUGGAGCAAAAGAUGGCGGAUCAAGAGGCGGGAUGGGAGGCAACGAGGAAGCAGAACGAGCAAAUGAUGGAGAUGAUGAAGAGGAUGUACCCGAACGAGCCGUUCCCAUAGUUUCUUUCUUUUUUUUUCAAAAACUCUGAAUGUUUUAUUUUGGUAUGUAAAACUUUGAAUAUUAUCAUGUUUUCUAUUUCAAUUUUA